AAAUUAUCAUUUUCAUCUGAAUAAAACGGUUUUUUUUCCCGCCUGUCCCCACUUUGCCACACGAACCCCAAGAUAAUAACGAAAGCAGCGUCAUGACAACUGUUGAUAUGUGCAGCCCGUAAAAUAAGAGGAACUGAAUGAGAGUGGGGGCGAAAAGAUUUCAUUCAUGAAUCCGAGAUGUUCCGAGUGGGUGGGAGGCAGCAUAGCAGGGUUGGUUUCCUUCAACAGAGCCCUGUUAGCGACGAGUCCUUAACAGAAAAGUCGGUCUGAGCUUCUGUCUGCGGCGUUUUGAAUAUCUGAGCUCAGUCAGUUUCCGGCCUUUGCUCGGUGCGGAUCGCAGUGGCAUUUAAAUCGGUGAUUAUAGUGCGGAACAAGAAAGUGAAACCAUGUCUGAGGCAAAUAUUGAGCUGGACUCGAACACUGCCGUGGCACCCAAGUGCGCCAAUGUGAACAAUAACAAUAGUGCCCGCUCCAGUAGGGUUGGAAGUGCAUCCUCGGGAGCAAACUCGGAUGCGGAUACCCAGCGAUUCGGAUGGUGCGGUUGGAAUCCGGCGUGGCUCCAGCGCUUCUGCACCGCAAAGUGGGCUCUUUUUUGGCUCUGCUGGGGCGGUGCUCUUCAAGGUCUCAUAGUAAACGGUCUGAUCAAUGUGUCCAUCUCCACAAUUGAGCGGCGUUUUGGACUCCGCUCCCGACAGAUGGGUCUGGUGGCCAGCGGCUAUGACCUGGCCUCCUUCGCGUGUCUGGUUCCGGUCACCUAUUACGGCGGACGACGAGGAGCCUCCAAGCCGCGCUUCAUUGCCAUCGGACUGAUCGUGAUGGGCCUGGGAUCGCUGGUCUUUCUGCUGCCCAACUUCCUGGUGGGCAAAUACCGGGCCACCAUUGCCGAGGCGAAUGUGUGUGAGGUAUCGGGAUUGCAGGCCAACUCCAGCCAGGCAAUGAGCGCCUGCGAGCUAAAUGGCUGGGGGGAGGGCGAGAGUCUAACCUGGACGGUCUGGCUCUUCCUGGCCGCCCAACUGCUCCACGGAGCCGGAGCCUCGCCCCUCUUCACCCUGGGCGUCACUUAUAUCGAUGAGAACGUCUCAAAGAAGAUGUCAUCUGUUUACUUGGGCAUUUACUACACAAUGGCCACCGUUGGACCUGCGAUUGGCUACGUUUUCGGAGGACAGUUGCUGCUCAUCUACACGGAUUGGAUGAGCGUGGACCCAGCCCAACUCAGCCUGACCAGCGACAGCAAGGUGUGGAUUGGAGCCUGGUGGCUGGGCUUCAUUUUCGCAGCCGCCAUGUGCCUCCUAAUAGCCCUGCCCAUCUUCGGCUAUCCGAAAUUGCUACCCGGGGCGGAAAAGCUGCAGCUGGAAAGGGUUUCCGAGGCGCAUGCAACCAUAUCGGAGACUGAGGGGUCCAGUGGUGAAGUGGCCCGCGGACUGGCUCAACUUCCCCGCGCGGUACUCAAACUGCUGGGAAAUCCCACGUUUUUUUUCCUGAACCUGGCCGGGGCCACUGAGGGUCUGGUGAUAGCCGGAUUCGCGGCAUUCCUGCCCAAGCAGAUCGAAAACCAGUUCAGCAUUUCGCCCAUGCACUCGGCCCUGGUAAUGGGUCUGAUCACGGUUCCGGCGGGUGGUGGUGGCACCUUCCUCGGCGGCUACUUGGUCAAGAAGUGGAAUCUGGCCUGCAGGGGAAUCAUCAAGAUGUGCCUGAUGGCCACUGUGGUGGCGGCCCUGUUCACCAUCUGCUUCCUGGUGUCCUGCCCAAAUCCAAAGUUCGCUGGCGUCACAACAGGUUACAAUUUGGAGGCCAGAAGCGAUGCACCCGCUUUGGAGGCGAGAUGCAACUCCAACUGCGGCUGCAGCCGCACGAACUAUGAUCCCAUCUGUGGCGUCAAUGGCGUCAUGUACUACAGUCCCUGCUUCGCAGGAUGUGCCCAGGAGGAGCACGUGGACAGCCUGAAGCGCUACCACAACUGCAGCUGCAUCGAAAGCGUCGGCUGGGUGGACGAGGGCAGUACGUCCCACUUCCGCCCGGAAGCCACCAACCUCAAGUGCGACUCCACAUGCCAGACCCUGCCGAUCUUCGUGGCCCUCUGCUUCAUUUUGAUGGUCUUCACCUUCCUCGCCACUAUGCCCGCCCUGUCAGCCACUCUGAGAUGUGUUCAGGAUGAUCAGCGCUCCUUCGCUCUGGGCCUGCAAUGGAUAAAGGUGCGUCUGCUGGGCACCAUACCUGCUCCACUAAUUUUCGGAGCCCUGAUCGAUGAGUCUUGCAUUUUGUGGCAGGAGUCCUGCGAUAAGGAUGGUGGAGGAGCCUGCCUCGUUUACGAUAAUUUCUAUAUCAGCCGUUAUAUGUGGCUAUUGGCGUUGAUCUGCAAACUGGGUUCCGUAGUCUUCUUUACGUGUGCCUGGUGGUUUUACGUACCACCCAUGAAGACAUCGAAUGCAAAUGGAAAGGAAGAGAGUAAUUAAGGAGUUUUUAGCAUUAACCAUCGAACUGAAAUGGAAAAUAAUCGACCCAGCCAGCCAUUUGGCUCAUAUUGUGGCUCAUCAUUAACUGGCUAGCAUUUUUAAUCGAUUAGCUACUGACUUAAGAAGUAUUUUAACUUUACCAAUGGGAAUCGUAUUAAUGGUUCAGCUCAUAAUCCAGCUUAUCACAAUAUUAUUUGCCAUUUGAAGUAACUAUUAAAACUAUUUGUGUAGCUUUUAAAACAGAA